CGAAACUCCUCUUGUGUACUGAAUCUAAUCCUCCCUGCUGACUCAGCCCCGGGGCCUUCUGGUGGUGUUGGGCGUUCUUCUGAUAUUCUUUUGGUUCACAGUGCAUGCUUGCCACCCUCGUGACGCGACUCGGCGCGUCCUCUCACUUUACUUUUCGCUAUUCAACAUCUACUAUCUAAUUCGGGUGGUGCUGGUCACUCGACAUCAGAGUGACGGGCCGCCAUGACUUCCCGACUCGACCGCCUGGUCACAUUACUUGAAACCGGCAGUACUCAGUUGAUUCGAAAUACAGCUGCCCAACAACUUGCAGAUGUUCAAAAACAACAUCCAGACGAGCUCUUCAAUCUACUGGGCCGCAUUCUACCAUAUCUUCGCUCCAAGUCCUGGGAUACUCGGACUGCCGCUGCCCGGGCAAUUGGGCUGAUCGUCACUAAUGCAGAUAUCUACGAUCCAAACGAGGAUGACGGGCAACAAAUAAAGUCCGCAGCUGACGAUGACGAUGACGACGUCGAGAUCAAAUCCGAAGUCAAGACAGAGGAGACACCCUCCACGUCAGGGACGUUCCUCGACCUCGAGUCGCUAGAUAUUGCUUCCGUCUUGAAAUAUGGCAAACGACUACUCGGCAGUGCUGGCAAGGAGUAUGAGUACUCCCUCGCGGCCAUGGACCCGGCAGCUCGUCUUCAGCACCAAAAGAAGACCCUUUACGGUCGCCUGGGUCUGGAGGGAGAGUAUGUGGAGGAUGACAUUGACAUUAGCGACAUUGUCAUUCCCAAGCCAGCCACACCAGCUCCCAAAAAAGAAGCCUCGACCUCCGCCCUCCCUAUUUCUCGCGAAAACAGCUUACAGGAUGCGGCUUCUUCCCGACCGUCUUCGCCCAACGAAGCUUCCAAGCUAGAAGAGUCUGGCCUUAGCAAGCGACAGCUGAAUCAACUCAAGCGCAAAAACAAACACAGCGCCAAAUUGGGAGCGAACAAGGUGCGCGUGGUGGAUUUGUCGACCUCACGCCGAACAUCGGAAAAUGUUACAACACCUGUCGCGACACCCCAUCCCAUCAAAACAGAGAAUGGUGAGGGUCAAAAUGGCGAAGCCAAACCCGACUAUUUUUCGCUGGAUCGCCCUGCUGGCGAUGACGACUCCAAGAUUGUCUCCGAAUUCAAAGGGCCUAUUGCCCCCGAGAAGCCCAUCAUUCAGCCUGACCUUGUGGACCAAGGCGCUGGGUGGCCUCUGGAAUGCAUGUGCGAGUUCCUCUCAGUGGACAUUUUCGACCCUAACUGGGAGGUGCGCCAUGGUGCAGCAAUGGCUCUCCGAGAGGUAAUUAGGGUGCAAGGCGCGGGAGCGGGUCGGAUGGAGGGCAAGACUCGCCAAGAAAACGAUAUCUUGAAUCGUCGAUGGUUAGAUGACCUUGCCUGCCGUCUCGUGUGCGUUCUCAUCCUUGAUCGGUUCGGCGAUUACAUUUCAGACAAUGUCGUCGCCCCCAUCCGUGAAACCGUGGGCCAGACUCUUGGAGCUCUCCUUUGUCAUCUUUCGCCCAAAUCUGUGCGGCUAGUCUACAAGUGUCUGUACCGUAUUAUCAUGCAGAAAGACUUGGAUCUGGACCGUCCCGUGUGGGAGGUCUGCCAUGGUGGCAUGAUAGGCCUACGAUACUUGGUUGCUAUUCGCAAAGACGUACUUCUCAAGUACUCGACUCUGAUGGAUGGUGUCCUCGAAGCCGUCAUGAAAGGCCUUGCAGACUUUGAUGACGAUGUGCGUGCUGUCAGUGCUGCCACGCUUGUGCCCAUCGCAGAGGAGUUCGUGAUAUCCCGCGCGGGUACUCUUGGCACUCUGAUGAAUAUCGUUUGGGAAUGCCUCUCCAAUCUACAGGACGACCUGAGCGCCAGCACGGGUUCUGUCAUGGACCUUCUUGCCAAGCUAUGCACCUUUCCACAGGUAUUGAAUGCGAUGAAGGCGAAUGCGGCAGACGAUCCGGAAGCUUCCUUUGGUAAUCUGGUUCCCCGUCUUUACCCGUUCCUGCGGCAUACUAUCACGAGUGUCCGUUCCGCUGUACUUCGCGCACUCAUGACCUUCCUUAAGCUCGAGGGAGAAGGGAGCACGGAUUGGGUAGAUGGCAAGGCAUUGAGAUUAAUCUUUCAGAACUUGCUCGUGGAACGCAACGAGGGUGUUCUCAAACUAUCCCUGCAAGUUUGGUCAGAGCUCUUGAAAGCGAUCGAACUUCGCGGAUCAUUCGCGCAGGCCACCGAGCUCUCGAGCUCUGUUGAGCCACUGGUCACUCUAACCCUCGGACCAUUCGGCGUGCCGCGCUACCCCAUUCCCAUGAAUGCUUCCCUAUUCAUCAAACCGUCCGGAGUGGCAUUCUCUAUCGCUGCUCCUCCUCCCGUCAAACCCUCCUCACCGACCAUCACUCCUGGUGGCGCAGAGGUCAAGGCUGGGCGCAGACGCAAGUCGGAGAAGAAAGAAGCCCCUCCGCCGUCAGCACACAAUGUCGAUGGGCACAUGUUGUCAGGUGAUAUCGAUCUCGUCGGCGCAGACACUAUGCUCAGAUCGAAGAUCUAUGCUGCCAAGGCACUGGGCGAGCUGCUCUCCUUUUGGGACAAACAUGAGCUGCCUUCAUUCUGGCCCGCAAUUUUGGACGGCUUUUCCCUUCCCGCAUCCACCUCCCAGCUUGCAUCUGCCAUGGUCGUGGAAGAAUAUGCCCGGGCCUCUGGGCGUGAAAGCAAGUAUUCGGCAUCUCUGUGUGAGCGACUGCGUCCCAUCAUUGAAAGCGAGCGCCCGCUCUGGUAUUCCGAUAUCUCCUGCUACCUACACGUUGCACGCGCACAGUGUCAUUCGCUGUUGAAUACCUUCCGCGACCACGGUCACGUCCCGCCCUCCCGUUUGCCAACAUUGGCUGUUGUUGUUCAGGGCGAUCCCGGAGCUGGUCCCAAUGCAUUCUCUCUGGCCGAUGCCGAGAAGAUUAUUGGUCCGGACUUUGACCGAUUGAAGAAGAACCUCACCCCAGCCCAGCGUAUUACAGCAACCCAGGUUCUGACCGAUACUCGCACUACGGCGCAGUACGCGGUCGAUGAGGCGCGGGCUAUGAGAGAACAACGGGAUAUGCGUGUCCUGGCAGCAGCAGCAGGUGCAUUGGUUGCUCUACGAGAUAUUCCUAAGAAGCCUGGCCACAUCAUCAAGGGUAUCAUGGACAGCGUCAAGAAAGAAGAGAACGUUGAACUUCAACAACGGUCUGCAACUGCAAUUGCAAGCUUGAUCGAGCACUACACGGCCGCAACAAAGCGUGGGCCGGUGGACAAGAUCAUCGGAAACCUGGUCAAAUAUUGCUGUGUGGAUACUUCUGAGACGCCCGAAUUCCCGCACAACGCUCAGCUGGAGAAAUCAAUAUUGUCGCUUCGCAAGGAAGAGGACCGUCGAGACCACGCCGAUGCUGCGAAGUUCGAGCGGGAGGCCAAGGAGGCUCGAAUCAUGCGACGGGGUGCCAAGGAUGCCCUGGAGCAAUUGACAAUUAAAUUUGGCGCACAACUCAUGGAGAAGAUUCCUAACCUGGCAUCCCUGGUUGAGCGGCCCCUGAAGGAAGCCUUGGAAGGCGACCUCCCCGAGACCAUCACAAAUCCCGAGAACGAGCUUGGCCAAGAGGUUGUGGAUGGUCUCUCCACUCUUCGUGCCCUUCUUCCAAAGUUCGAUCCUGGCCUUUACCCUUGGGUCAUUGGUCUGAUGCCGCUCAUUGCCAAGGCCUUACAGUGCCGGUUGUCUGUGAUUCGCUAUGCAGCUGCUAAGUGCUUCGCGACGAUCUGCAGUGUCAUCACCGUCGAUGGCAUGACGAUGCUGGUCGAGAAGGUACUGCCAACAAUUAAUAAUGCCCUCGAUGUCCACCACCGCCAAGGUGCUAUUGAAUGCAUCUACCAUCUGAUACAUGUCAUGGAAGAUGGUAUUUUGCCUUAUGUUAUUUUCCUAGUUGUCCCCGUUCUUGGUCGCAUGAGUGAUUCCGACAAUGAUACCCGAUUGCUGGCUACCACCUCUUUCGCGACUCUCGUCAAGCUGGUUCCCCUGGAGGCAGGUAUCCCUGACCCUCCUGGUCUGUCCGAGGAGUUGCUCAAGGGCCGCGACCGAGAGAGGAAGUUCAUGUCGCAGAUGCUUGACGUGCGUAAGGUGGAGCCCUUCCAGAUCCCCGUCGCCAUCAAAGCCGAAUUGCGUUCUUACCAACAAGACGGUGUCAAUUGGCUUGCUUUCCUUAAUCGUUACAAUCUUCACGGCAUUCUUUGCGACGACAUGGGUCUUGGUAAGACUCUCCAGACUAUCUGCAUCGUCGCAAGUGAUCACCACAUGCGAGCGGAGGAGUUUGCCAAGAGCCAAGCUCCGGAUGCUCGUAAGCUUCCGAGCUUGAUCGUUUGCCCACCCUCUCUCUCUGGUCACUGGCAACAGGAGGUGAAGCAAUAUGCACCAUUCCUGAAUUGUGUCGCAUACGUUGGACCCCCGUCAGAGCGUGCCAGACUUCAGCCCAUGCUUUCAGAGGCCGACGUGGUUGUGACAUCCUAUGACGUCUGCCGUAAUGACAAUGACCUCCUCAACGCUAUCAAUUGGAAUUACUGUGUCCUUGACGAAGGCCAUCUCAUCAAAAAUCCCAAGGCAAAGAUCACUCUGUCCGUGAAAAAGUUGAUGAGCAACCAUCGGUUGAUUCUUUCCGGCACACCGAUUCAGAACAACGUGCUGGAACUAUGGUCACUGUUCGACUUCUUGAUGCCCGGCUUCCUUGGUACCGAGAAGGUCUUCUUGGACCGAUUUGCUAAGCCCAUCGCGGCUAGUCGCUUCAGCAAAUCCUCGUCCAAAGAACAAGAGGCCGGUGCUCUGGCAAUUGAAGCUCUGCACAAGCAGGUGCUGCCAUUCUUACUUCGUCGUCUGAAGGAAGAGGUCCUGAACGAUCUGCCACCCAAGAUCAUUCAGAAUUACUACUGCGACCCAAGUGAUCUUCAGAAGAAGCUCUUCGAGGACUUCUCCAAGAAGGAGCAGAAGGAGCUUCAAGAGAAGGUUGGCAGCACAGAGCGCUCCGAUAAGGAGCACAUCUUCCAGGCACUGCAGUACAUGCGCCGUCUGUGCAACUCGCCCGCUUUGGUGGUCAAGGAAGGCCACAAACAGUACAAUGAAGUUCAGUCCUACCUUUCUGCUAAGCGCUCUAACAUUCGAGAUGUGUCACAUGCACCGAAGCUCGCUGCCCUGCGUGACUUGCUCGUUGACUGCGGAAUUGGUCUCGAUCACUCGGCUGAAGGAGAGUUGGACACUGGCGCAAGCUAUGUCAGCCCUCACCGUGCCUUGGUCUUCUGUCAGAUGAAGGAAAUGCUUGACAUUGUGCAAAACGAUGUUCUCAAGAAAUUGCUCCCGUCUGUACAGUACCUUCGCCUGGAUGGUGGUGUCGAGGCGACUAAGCGCCAGGACAUUGUCAACCGCUUCAACACCGAUCCAAGUUACGACGUCCUGCUGUUGACCACCAGCGUUGGUGGUUUGGGUCUCAACCUCACUGGAGCUGAUACGGUCAUAUUUGUUGAGCAUGACUGGAACCCGCAGAAGGAUAUCCAGGCCAUGGAUCGUGCUCAUCGUAUCGGCCAGAAGAAGGUCGUUAAUGUGUACCGUUUGAUCACCCGGGGUACUUUGGAGGAGAAGAUCUUGAACCUGCAACGCUUCAAGAUCGACGUCGCCUCCACGGUGGUUAAUCAACAAAACGCCGGUCUUGGCACUAUGGACACAGACCAGCUCCUCGAUCUCUUCAGUCUUGGCGAAACGGCAGAGACAGCCGAAAAACCAGCUGAGCCCGCCGGCAACGAAGUCGAUAUGGUCGAUAUCGAUGGCGAGGUCAAGGAGAAGGGUAAGAAGGGUUGGCUCGAUGACCUCGGCGAACUGUGGGACGACCGACAGUACCAAGAAGAGUAUAAUUUGGAUUCGUUCCUCGCAACGAUGCAAAAUUGAUACUUCUCUCGGCCCAAGUCUAGCAGUCCUUAAUGAGCGACACUCGACCGCGAUGGCCUAGAUCCCGGCCGCACUCGUCUUCCUUCAACACCCUACACCACGAUCGUCACGCCUCACAUUAUUUCUCGCAUUUGCUUUCUUCCCCAAAAAUAAUCCUUUGUGCAUCAAUCAGCGAAUAGUUUUUUUCUUUUACCACUUUUUCUUAGGAAGGGUACCUGGGCUUUACGAACGAACAGAUAUCUUCUCUGCGACGUGGACUUUCUUCAACCCCUUCCGUGUAUUUUUAACUUUUGAACUUGCCUUCCACGACGAAUGAUAUCUUGCAUGUAAAUAGAUAAGGCGGUGAUCUUUUACAACGUUACUUUCUCAAUCUGUUUUCGUAGACAGAAUCUAAUUGCUGGACUGAGAACUCCCACGACCUUUCAUUUUCAUACCAGGC